AUGGAGAAAGAAGAAUGGGAAUUGAAUCCUAAAAAACUCAGAGUCAAAAAACUCAUUGGCUAUGGAGGUUUUGGAUUAGUUUACGCAGGUGUUUAUGAUGGAAAAAAAGUCGCUGUUAAAAUAUUUGAUUUGGGAGAUGAAAAGAAGAAUUCAUCAGUAGAAUUGAUGGAAGAGGUAUUCAUGCAAGAAGUUUCUAUUUGGAGCACUCUUGAACACUCCAAUAUUGCCAAGUUUAUUGGAGCUAUAAAAAAGAAUGAUAUGUCAAAAAUAAAAAUGAAAUGUCAAAAAGGCUCAGUAAAUGGAUGUUGCAUUGUUGUGGAAUAUGUUGGUGGAGGAACUCUUACAUCCUAUCUUUCAAAAUACACAAUGAAGAAUAAGUUACCUUUGGAUACUAUUCUUCAACUUGCAAUCGAUGUUGCUAAAGGAUUAAGUUACCUUCAUUCAGAAAAGAUUGCUCAUAGAGAUGUGAAGACUGAAAAUUUACUUCUUGACAAAACUGGAAGAGUGAAGAUAAUUGAUUUUGGAAUAUCAAGUCAUUUUUUUUCUCUUGGCUUGAAUUAUCCCCCUAUGAUGGUUGGAACAACUGGAACUAUCGGUUACAUGGCUCCUGAGGUUUUGAGCGAAGUGUCGUAUGAUCACAAGUGUGAUGUCUAUAGCUUUGGAAUUUGCUUGUGGGAAAUGUACACUUGUUUAGAUCCAUAUCCUGAACACAUUUCUCGUAGUAAAAUCUCAAAUCAAAUUUAUAUGUUGUUUUGGAAAUUUCAGGAUCGAAGGCCUGAGAUACCAAAAUGUUGUCCAACAGCAUUAUCAGAUAUAAUGCAAAAAUGUUGGGAUGCAAAGCCACAAAACAGGCCAGAGAUGAAGGAAGUGUUGCAAAUGUUACAAGACAUUCAGACAAGUACAGGAAAACGAAAGCACAUGUUUUGCUUUGCCUAGAAAAACAUAUUACCAGAGGA